AUGGCCCCUACCUCUAACCCUUUCGCCGCCAUGAGGAACUUUGGUGGUAUGGUGUCGUCUGCUCUUUCCUUCGGCGACAGAUCUCGUCAAGUCUCCUCCCUCGGCCUCGGCACCCUCUCUUUGGGGGAGCCGUCUGGCGAUGUCCCGCCUCCUCGCUCCGCUUCUCCUCCCGCCGGUCCUCCCGCUGGUUCUCCCUCUGCUUCUCCUCCUCCUGGUCCUCGCUCUGCUUCCCCUCCUGCCGCCAGCCCUCGCCGCAGGACGCCCGCCUUUCGUCCUGACUUCGAAGGAAAAGGGGGUGAUUAUAGUGAUGAGGAUGAUAGAAUCGUGUCGGAGGGUGAAACCGAGUUAGAGGAACACUCGGAUGAUGAUAUGGUGGCGGUUAGUGUAGAGGACAACAACGUAGAUAGUCCUGAGCCCGCUCCUGCCCCUCCCCCUGCUCAAAUUGUGGGCCAGAAACGACGCCGUUCCCUCUCCUCUUCUUCUUCUUCCUCUUCUUCUUCUUCCUCUUCUUCUUCCUCUUCCGGGGUUCUCCCCCCCCCCAACGCCAUCGCCGCUGCCGCCGCUGCCGCUCCUGCUGCCGCCGCCGGUCCUGCUCCCGCCGCCCCCGUCGCUGCUCCCCCCCCUUCUCCCAGAGGGGAGCCUUCGCCCAAACGGGUGAAGAGAUCACUGCGGGAAGAAGAGUACUUGUGGGAGAAGAUGAAGUCCGAGCCUGGUCGUUGGAUCGCGGUUGGUGUUGACGAAGCGUGUGAUCGUUGCCGACGUGAGAUUAUCACGUAUAAUCGUCCAAACUGGCCCUGCCUCAAGGCAGUCAGGCCACACAACAAGGCCCUCCGUUGUGCUUCAUGCACGUCUGGCCCCUGCUCCUUCUGUCCCGUUUCCUCUGCCCGGGACAUCCCGCCCCGUCCCUUCGACGCUUCUCCUCUCCCCCCUCCCCAGACUCCAGCGUCUGUCCCCCGUUCGCGGGUACCGUCUUCGUCUCUCCGGUCGGUUCGCCGUACUUCGCCGGACCUCCGCCCGUCGCCUCCGUCGCCGUCGCCCUUCGCUCCUGUGGCCGGCCCAUCACGUCUCCCGGCUGUUCCUCCUUCGUCUUCUCGCCGUCCUUCGGCCUCUGCUCCUUCGGCCUCCCGUCCUUCGGCCUCUCGUCCUUCGGCGCCACGUCCGUCCUCUCCAGUGGUAGCUUCUCCUCCGGCUCACAGCACCCGAAGUCGGCGUCCUUCUGUUCCUCCGGCCUCUUCGGCGGCCCCUCCCGUCACCCCUCCCUCUGCUUCCCAGAAGACACCGAAGUCUUCUUUAAAGAAAUCAAAAGGGAAAUCUAAAGAGAAGGAGGUUGCCUUCAAUGAUGGUGAUGUGGAAAAUGAAGAUACUCAGCGUGCUGGUCCCUCUGCUCCCCGGUUGUCCCUCGUCCACCCUCGUAUCUCCCUGGACGUCCGUAUUCCUGAGGACGAAAAGGAAUUCGCCACUUAUCGUUCUCUCGUCCUCGGUCUCACUACUCAGCUUGAGGCCGCCCGAAAUGAUACAUUGUCACGAACUACGUCGUGA